AUGCUGGCCAACUCGACAUGGUGUAAUUCCCUCCACUGUUAUCGCAAUAGGCGCGUGAUCUCUUAUCAUUUAUUAUGUGCUCGAAACACAGCAGGCACUUUGUUAAGCGUGCCAAGAGACGUCAGGAACGUUUGUGCGGCGCGACUCCGCGCUGGGCCAUCGCAAGCCAUGUCCUGGAUUCCAUUUCUUGCUCUUCGGGCGGCGUGGCGGCAGAUGUGGCAGCCCGUGAAUAAGUCGGGAACUACGCGAAUAGCUUGCAUCCUCAUGGUCGACAUCGUCAGUCAUGCGCCAGGGCGACUGUUAAGAAGCUUCCGUAUUCGAUGUGAGUUCGAAAUGGUCUCUUGGCGCAAGCCAACCCAAUGA